AUGUCUGAUCUCCCAUUUUCUCUUAACUUCUUGUCCUCCCCAGAGAACCCAUGGGGUCCUCCAAAAGCGGUUCCUGCGUCAUUGAACUUCCACUCGAUUCCAUACGCUCCAUUCUCCAAGUCUGAUAAAUUAGGUAAAGCCUCAGACUGGUUCAGUGCCGAACAAUUCCAAAACCAACCACAAGGCAAGGGCCAAAAGAAUGUCAGAGACCCAUUCCACGCCUACGGUGCCUCCGCUGCUUCCAAGUUUGCUGCCGAAGAAACUUCUGAUAACGUUAACAGCUUUGAAGUUGUCGACAACAAACCAUCGACCACUACAGCCAACCAACAACAAAAGACUGUCCUUAGAGGAAGAGGUAACAACAACAACAACAACAAUAAUAAGAGACAAGGUGGUGCUAAUGCUCCUCAAAGAAAUGCUUUCCAAAGACCUGCUCCAGUUAAGAAGCCUGUUUCUGCCGUCCAGACUCCACAACAACAACGUGCCAGUUACUGGAACACUCAAAACCAACUCCAAAUUGAUGAAGCGGCCAAGAAGAAGAAGUAUUCUAUUGAAGUGAAAUCCAACUUUUCUAAGGUGACCGAUAUUGAGCUCAACAAGCUCACCAAAUUGAAUUUGGACUUGGGGGCUAACGGUAAAGGUGAAACCUUGGCUGUCAAGGCUAACCCAUCUUUGAUGAAAUUAUACAAUAAGACUUUUGACAAAUUAUCAUCUAGCUCCAACUUGAACAAGAAAACCAUUCCAUUGAAGGUGUUUUCUAAAGAAUUCCCAAAGACUUACGUUGACACCAUGAACGAUGAAACUUUGAUGAAUUACGCCAAGGAUGGUACCGCUGAUGUGUUGAUCACUGACGAAAUUUUGACCACCAUCAUGGCUGCUCCAAAAUCUAACUUCCCUUGGAACUUCAAGAUCGUUAAGGACUUGAAGAACAACAAGUUAUACUUCUCAAACUCCGAACUUGAACCACAGACAAUUGUCGAUGAAAACGAUAAAGACUUAUUCCUUACCAGUUUCCUUGCCGAUGACAAUACUCUUAACAGUCACGUAAGAUUGGCAAAUGAAUUCAAGGGUAUUAACUACAACUUAUCCAGAUUUGUUACUGCCUCAACCAACGGUGCCAAUAUCCAAAAAAUCACUCCAGACACUGCCGUUAACAAAUCUUCUGACGUUAAGACUAGUAAGAUCUACAAGUACAAGCUUUAUAAGAUUCCACAAGUGACAGUUGGUGAAGAUAAUAAGAAGCACCGCAAGUUGACUUUAGCCAAAUCCGACGAUGAGGAAGCCGAAAUCAAGUACAUUAAUGUUGGUAUUCGUACUGAAGCUGAUCUUUUGCAGAAGCCAAACUCUGGUGACGAAUAUGAAACUGUUGCCGUUCAUGCUUUGAACCAAUACAAGCCAUCUCAAUUGGACUGGAAAUCUAAAUUGAUCUCUAACCGUGGUGCCAUUAUUUCUACUGAAUUGAGAAAGAACAACAACUUGUUUAGCAAGUGGAUUGUCAGCUCGAUCUUGGGUGAUAUCAACAGCAUUAAGUUGGGUUUUGUCGCUCGUGACAGCUUCAACUCUGCCGAGAAGCACAGUGUCUUGGGUAUGUUUAACUAUAAGCCAGAAGACUUGGCCAGACAAUGCAACUUACAAAUUGGUAACGGUUGGGCCAUUUUCAAGAGCAUUAUCGACAUUGUGAACCAUGAGGCUGAAGUCAGCAAAGACAGUAAAGAUACCGUUGAAUUCAUGUUGGCCAGAGACCCUAGCCAACCUAAGUUGAAUAUCUAUAGAGUCGAUUAG